AUGGCAACGAUGCUCGUAUCGCGCUUCGUGGACGGCCUGGCAGGAUCUGCAUUUCUCAGCGUCGCCGGUGGAACGGUUGGUGAUAUGUUCGCGAAGCACGAGCUCAGCGCGCCAAUGAUGUUCUAUACUGCAUCACCAUUCAUUGGACCGGAAGUCGGUCCUCUGAUCGGGGGUUUUAUCAACCAAUACACGAAAUGGAGAUGGACGUUCUACGUCCUGCUGAUUUGGGCAGGAGUGCAGCUGGGACUGAUUGUCUUUCUUGUCCCUGAGACUUAUCAUCCUGUGCUGUUGCGGCAAAGAGCACGGCAGUUGCGUAAAGAAACCGGCAAUGACGCCUGGCAUGCUCCCAUCGAGAAGCUGACACGCUCGCUUCCGCAAACGCUUCUUUGGUCCUGCAUCCGUCCAUUUCAACUACUUGGUAGGUGUUUGAACUUAUGCCUUCUUUCUGCGAUUUUACUAGGCAUCAUUUACCUGUUCUUCGGGGCAUUUCCACUGGUGUUCGAGAACAACCAUGGGUUCACCAUCUCACAGACAGGGCUAGCUUUUCUAGGUCUAUUCGUUGGGAUGCUCCUAGGGGUACUGAGCGAUCCUCUUUGGCGGAGAAAUUACACUCGACUCGUGCGCAAGCGUGAGGCGCAGGGCGGUGAGCCAGGCGGCUCUGAGCCUGAGUUUCGACUACCUCCAACCAUUGUCGGGGCAAUUCUCGUUCCUAUUGGGCUGUUUGGGUUUGGCUGGACAACGUUUUCCUGGGUUCACUGGAUAGUACCGAUCCUGUUCUCAUUAGUCUUUGGAGUCGGAACGAUAUUCGUCUUCGCUGGCGUGUUCACCUUCCUCGUCGAUUGCUACCCAUUGUACGCAGCGAGCGCGCUUGCAGCGAACAGUUUCGCUCGAUCCAGCUUUGCCGCUGCAUUCCCCCUGUUCGGCGUGCAGAUGUACAACAAACUGGGCGAUCAGUGGGCAACCUCGCUUCUAGCAUUCUUGGCCUUAGCGAUGGCGCCAUUCCCCUACAUCUUCUACCGGUACGGCAAGCGACUCAGGGGUACAAGCAGGUUCGCGUCGCCGUAG